GCGAUGGCGGCGGCGCGGCGCCGUGCGCAUGUGCGGGGCUCCAUGGCGAGACAAGGGGCCGAGCGCGCACAGGGCUGAGCCCCGCCGCCUCGCAGGGCGCUGAGCGGGAGCCGCAGCACCCAUCUGCCGCCGCCCUCUGAUGCCCGGCGCAGCGGAGCGAUGAAGGGGCAGCAGAAAGCAGCCGAGACGGAAGAGGGCACGGUGCAAAUCCAGGAAGGUGCAGUGGCCACAGGCGAGGAUCCCACCAGCGUCGCCAUUGCCAGCAUCCAGUCGGCCGCCACCUUCCCCGACCCCAACAUCAAGUAUGUCUUUCGCACAGAGAACGGCGGCACGCAGGUGAUGUACCGGGUGAUCCAAGUGGCGGACGGACAGCUGGACGGGCAGACGGAAGGCACCAGCGCCAUCAGCGGGUACCCCGCCGCGCAGUCCAUGACCCAGGCCGUCAUCCAGGGCGCCUUCACCAGCGAGGAUGCGGUGGAGACGGAGGCCACGGCCACGGAGACCCACUACACCUACUUCCCCACCGCGGCCGUGGCCGACAGCAGCACGUCCGCCGGCGCGGGGACCACGGCCACCGCCGUCGUCACCACGCAGAACUCGGAGGCGCUGCUGGGGCAGCCCACGCCCACGGGGCAAUUCUUCGUGAUGAUGUCACCGCAGGAGGUCCUGCAGGGUGGGGCGCAGCGCUCCAUCGCCCCCCGCGCCCACCCCUACUCCCCGAAGGCAGAGGCACCGCGGGCCACCCGGGACGAGAAGCGCCGGGCGCAGCACAACGAAGUGGAGCGCCGGCGCCGGGACAAAAUCAACAACUGGAUCGUGCAGCUCUCCAAGAUCAUCCCCGACUGCUCCAUGGAGAACACCAAGUCGGGGCAGAGCAAAGGGGGGAUCCUGUCCAAGGCCUGCGACUACAUCCAGGAGCUGCGGCAGAGCAACCACCGCCUCUCCGAGGAGCUGCAGGGCCUCGACCAGCUCCAGAUGGACAACGAGGUCUUGCGGCAGCAGGUAGAGGAGCUGAAGAACAAGAACCUGAUCCUGCGCGCCCAGCUCCGCCAGCACGGCGUGGAGAUCGUCAUCAAGAACGACAGCCACUGACGGGGCCUCCGGCGUGGGGACGGGGACUCAGAGGGGGCCGGCGGCCACUGGCAGCCCCCCCGCGGCCGCCUCCCAUGCUCAGAAGCGCCUCUCUGCCCCCCCCCAUGCCCCCCGCCCGGUGUGACAUGAGGAGCCCCCCGUUUGGUUUGUGUCCCCGUCCCCGUGCCCCCGGCGUCGCCGUGCCCGUCUCACGUCCCCGCGCUUCGUGCACACGCUCUCGGCCAGGCGGGCGCCGGCCCCGCUGCCCCCCAGCACUGCCUGGACCCCCCCCGCCUGCGCCCCCCUCUCUGGGUGUCGCCCCCCCUUGUCCAUCCCCCCCCAGGGUGUCACCCCCCACCCGGGUGCCAUCUCUCCUGGGGGCUCUGGUGGCUCUCGCCCACCCCCCCGACUCUUCCCCCCUCCCCGGGGUCCCCACUGGGGUGCGGGGUCCCUGGUGCCGCGGCCCCCCCUGUUCCUCCUCCUGCCCCCCCCCCCCCCGCCUGCUGCAGCUGGCCCGGCCCAGCAGGCCCAGACUUUUUUUUAAAAACUCUCUGAAUUU